AAGCGCGCGGCUCAAGAUCCAUCCUCCCUGCAUCUGCAGCAGCAAUCGAUCCUCCAACCAGUCAUCGCCAUGGGAUCUGUCACCAGUUUGUGCGUGAAGCUUAGUACCGAUGCCUCCGGCGAGCUUGUAAAGCAAUCACCCAAUGCGAAGCUGGGGUUGGCCGAAGGCGAAAAGGUUCUAAAAGCUCAGGUGUAUUCCUUGCAUCACCACUGGUGUGAGCAGGAUCGUUGGUCGGAUUGGUACGAGCUGCGACUUCUCGAAGAUGGUACCUGCACCUGGUGGAAGGCGGAGUGCGGAGCUGGUAGACUGGCCGGUAACAGAGCAACGAAGCACGACAAGUUUCUCAUGGAUGGUACGUACACCCUGAGGACAACUGCGACAG